CGGCCUGCGGCGCGGCGGGAAGGGCUGCCGGCCGCCGGCCCCAUGGAGCCCGUGCUCUUCGCGUGGGGUGCAAACAGCUAUGGACAACUUGGUCUUGGUCAUAAAGAGGAUGUGCUGGUACCUCAGUCACUGAAAGAUGUUUCCUGCAAAUGUCAAGACGUUAAAAGCAUUACUGGAGGAGGGGGACAUUCUGCAGUUAUCACUGGUUCAGGAGGACUCUUUGUAUGUGGCCAUAACAAAGAUGGGCAGUUGGGAUUGAAUCACACAGAGGAUGUACUGUGUUUUACUUUGUGCACUGCCCUGUCUGGCUUUUGUGUAAAACAAGUUGCCUGUGGCUGGGAUUUUACAAUCAUAUUAGUAGGAUCUGGUCUAGUUCUGUCCUGUGGGUCUAACAAUUUUGGACAAUUAGGAGUUCCUCAAAUUUCAGGUCCGUGCUUGAUUCCACAAAAGAUUGAGUCUCUCAAAGAGAAGGUGGUGGAUGUUGCUGCAGGACUGAGACAUGCCCUUGCUGCUACAGAGAGCGGUUUGGUUCUUCAGUGGGGCACUGGCAUGGCGUCUCAGGCAAAGCGUGCAAACCAAGGAAAAACCCUCCCUCUGUUCUUGACAGCAAAGGAACCCUGCAAAGUAACAGGCCUGGAAGAUGUGAAGGUGAAGACAGUUGCUGCAAGCUCCUAUCAUUCGGUGUUACUCACAGAUGAAGGACACCUGUAUGUCUGGGGUAGCAACAAACAUGGGCAGCUAGUGAGCAAAGAGAUCUUUCUUACUGAGCCCAAGAAGAUUGAGACUCAUUUUUUCUCGCAUGAAAAGAUUGGAGCAGUUUGGAGUGGCUGGACCCACUUGGUGGCACAAACAGAUACUGGCAAGGUAUUCACCUGGGGCAGAGCGGACUAUGGGCAACUUGGAAGGCAUGUAGUGGUUCCCGAUGGGCAGGAGGCAUGCACAGCAUCUGAACAGCACUUGGAGCUGUUGGGUAACAUCCCUGUUUCAGUGCCUUGCCUAAAUGGAGCAUCUCAGAUCGCAUGUGGCUCAGAGCAUAAUCUGGCAGUGGUUGGUGGCCAGUGCUUCUCUUGGGGAUGGAACGAACAUGGGAUGUGUGGUGAUGGUACAGAAGCAAAUGUUCAUGUCCCAAAGCCAGUCAAAGCUCUUGGUUACACAAACCAGAUGUUAAUUGGAUGUGGGGCAGGACACUCCAUGGCCCUUUGUCAAACUCCAUAUUAGACUCAGCACACCUGAAAUCAUAGCAUCAUGGAUGGGGGUGGACAUCUUCGGACUGCAUAGCUCGGAAGUGCUGCAAGAGGACUGACCAUGAUUAACACAGUAGUUGGAAAGUGCAAAAGAUUUUUUUUCCUAAGACUAAAAGGCAUGAGUAUGCAUGGAAGACCAUAAUUUAAAAAUUGUUUCAUGAGUCCUUUUCACAGAAAUUGACUUUCUUACCCACAGAUAGAAUGACAAACAAUUUGCCUUACUGCAAUACUGUUGAAGAAAGAAUGACUUUUUCUUGUUCUUCUGAGAAGUCUUUGAGGAAGAAAGCAAUUGCUUAAUUGCUUAUCAUUGGUGUAUAAAUUCAGUCUGAGGAAAUGGUCUGAGAAGGUGGAGACAUAGGGCCUCCUCUGGUCUUUUAUUAUUGUAUCUUUAUGUCAUGAUGAGCAUGUGUUGCACCUGCCAGUUCCUACUGAAUGAAGUUGUGAGCUCCCAGCAUCACAGAAAAUCCAGUUUGUGUCACAGAAAUGCCAGUAAACAUUAACAGAUACAUAGACAAAUUUUAAACAGAAGAUUAGGACUUAAAAGGCAGCUGGCAAAAGAGGAAAAUGAGCCCCUUCUCAACUAGCUAUAUCUUGAUUAAACUGUGAAAGGAACAUUAUUUCUGAGGAAUUAUCUUCUGUGCCAGGCAUCAGUUUAUUCCAGAUUUACAGGGAUGCAGGUCCGCAUAAAUUAUCAUCAACUUGUAAAUCAAGUGUGAGAUUUCUGAAGCUGCUGCUUAGGGAAGAAGUUCUAAGAGCCCUUGGAAACAAUAGAAAAGUUCUUGUCAAAGGGUGUAAGUCAGUUGUAGCUGUUGAUCCAACGUAGCUCCUGUGCUUCUAGCUGCCUUUGAAUAGGAAGACAUCAAAAUCUAAACAGGAAGUUUUACAAGUUCUCCAGCCUGAGGCAGACCAGAGCGCUGCUGAUAAUUUCAUGUUAGUUCUCACAUCUGUUUCACAGCCAAGCUAUGUUCAGACUGUUCCCACAGUACUUGUUUCAGGUGAGUGCUUAGUGGAGAAUUAGGCCUAACACUUGUUGUGGUAGGAGAAAUGAAAAAGUAUAAAUUAUCUUCAGAUAUUAGCUGCCUAUGUUGAGCAGAAUUUUGGAAGCUACUUAAACUGCUUUCCGUACAAAUACAGUGGAUGCUGUUGAACUGGAUGUUUACCACCCACGAUAGUUACAUUUGCUGUGGUAUUGAUGUAUUUCAAGCUCUAAAUAUAGAGCGUACUACUGUGUGGUAAGUGCACCUUUUAAUGAGACCUACUGUUGCUAAACAGUGGUUUAAUUUUUAAAGCAGGCUUGCCAAGGAAGAAGCCUUAUAGAAUUACCAAAAUACUCAGAGAAGGGCUCUUAGCAAAUAGGAUGGGAAGACUUUCUAAUGAUGUAUCAGCUUACAUGUGAGGCGGGGAGAGGGGGGGAAUUAAGGUGGUGAUAUGGGCUGUAAGAGUUUUCCCCCCUUGAGUUUACAGCACUUAUAGUUCAAGGCUAAAUAUUCAAAGACGUUUUCUUUUUCUACUCAAUGGAUGAGACACUUGAACUGAAUCUGAAGCUGAUUAUAACAACUAUAUAACAGAUGCUGAAAGAAUCUGUUGGAAUAAUUAAAUGGGUCCUCUGCAAAAAGUACAGACCUUAGACUUCUUGUUUGGUUUGGUUUGUUGUGUUUUGUUGGUUGUUUUUUUAAUCCAUGGGUUGGUUAUGGUUCUUCGUGGCAAUACGCUAUUCCAGGCUGUGACCUCUUGCAUGUUCUACUUGUCUAAGUUGCUAUUUAUUGACUCUCUUCAAUACCAUUUCCUAGAUACCACAGCCUAUCAUGUGCACUGAAUAGUUUCUCACAGCUUUUUUGGCAGUUCUGCCUGAGGUUUCUACCUUUGUUUUCCUCCAAAUUCUGUGUACCAAAUAAACAUGUUACAUUGUUUCAGUAAUCACACACACUUAAGUAAUUCUGUUCCUUGAUUAAUCACAUCUAGUAUGUGUUUCUUGAUGAUUCACAUCUAGUAUGUGGGCUGUGUAACAUAGGGGUUAUUGUACUGAGCUUAUUUUGUCUGUGUAUGCUGUUGCUGCAGUUCAUUUCAGAGGAAUCCAACAAAUAAUGUAAUGAAUAAAUGUGACUUGGUUAUUUGAAAUGUUCACUUUUUCACAUCUGUAACACAAACACCCUUUUGGCAACUCAAAGAUUGAUUUGGGGUGAUAAGAAGGAAAGGAGUACUUUGGUUUGUUCUGGUCCUGAUCUCAUGUUUCAUAUCUGCAUCUGAUCUUCAUCCUUGAAAGGGUGAGAACUGCAUUUUCUGUCCUUUGUCUUGCCUAUAUAGAUUGAAAACUUUGGGAAGUGAUGACUUAUCUUGAGAGCCUGACAUUACUAAUUGCUUUGUCAUCGCUCAGGUCUUCUAGAUGUUGCUGUAGUAUGAGGAGUGAAUAGUAAUUCAUUGUAGAUGGUACAUGGUUGAAUGUCAAAAACAAGUUGUUGCUCAUUCAUUCGGAAAUGAACACCCUGUUUUGUAUGUCAGUGUGCUUUGUUUGCAGAAUAAAACAUUGUACAAAA